UUUGCGGAUCCUAAUUGUUUGAACCGGCGGUAUGAUGUAAUGUGAGUGAUUAGUACUUGUAAUAAUUACCCUGUCACGAAGGUAAUCAUGCGUAUGUAAUAAUCUCAGGCAUCGCACUGGCUAUAUAUAGUCCGGCUCACUGGGACUCGAUGCUAUCAAUUCCAUCACUGAUCUCGAUCCGUAAAAAUUAUGAAUUCAACCACCGAGAUGAAUCUGAAAGUAGAAGCACAAGGAGAGGAAGAAGGAGAAUACAUGUUUGCCAUGCACAUCCUAGGUGGUUCUUUUCUUCCCAUGGUACUCAUGUCAGCAGUACAACUAGACCUUCUGGAAACCAUGGCUAGAGCAGGUCCAGGCACUUACGUCUCCCCUUCCGAGCUCGCGAAGCAGCUUCCGUCUAGCCACCAGCACACGCCGGUUAUGCUUGACCGCAUUCUUCGCUUCCUAGCUACUUAUUCUGUGCUCAGCUGUAGAAUCUGUGAGUCUGCGCAUGGGCAGAUCGAGCGGCUUUACGCCUUGAACCCAGUGUGCAAGUUUUUUACUAAAAGCUCCCAAGGGGCGUCACUCGUCCCGUAUUUGCUCAUGAAUUGUGACAAAAUCUUUAACGAGCCCUGGUACCAUUUAAAAGAUGCGGUGCUUGAUGGCGGAAUACCUUUUCAGAAGGCUCACGACAUGACAUUAUAUGAGUACAACGGCAAAGACCUCAGAUUCAGCCAACUCUUCAACCAUGCAAUGUCUACUCACUCUACUCUUAACAUGAAGAGAAUCUUACAAACCUAUAAUGGUUUUCAAGGCCUGAAAACUUUGGUGGAUGUCGGUGGAGGCACCGGGGCCACCCUAAGUAUGAUCAUCUCUAGUUACCCUGCUAUCAGAGGGAUUAACUUUGAUCUCCCCGAUGUUGUCAAAGAUGCUCCAUCUUAUCCUGGUGUGGAGCAUGUCGGGGGUGACAUGUUUGAUAGUGUGCCGAGAGGAGAUGCUAUUUUCAUGAAGUAUAUAUGUCAUAACUGGAGUGAUGAAUAUUGCUCGAAGUUGUUGAAGAAUUGCUAUCAAGCACUUGCAGAAAACGGUAAAGUGAUAAUUGCAGAAUCGAUUUUGGAGGCACCAGACUCUAGUAUUGAAACCAAGAACGUGUACGAUUACGAUAUAGCAAUGCUGACACGAACUACAGGCGGAAAAGUGAGGUCUGAGAACGAGUUUGCUGCCUUGAUUAAAGAUGCCGGAUUCAGAAGUUACAACAGAGCAUGUCGUGCUUAUAGCAUUUGGGUCAUGGAAUUAUAUAAAUAACUCUCUGUUAAAUACCGGGAUUGGAAAUUUGGUUUAUGUUAUAUUAUAUAGCUUAUAACCGGAAUUAUGAGGUGGUUUAUUAUAUUUGUUAUAUAUGUUUUAAUAUUUAA